CCACAGAGCUACACACUACAGCUCCUGAUGAUAAAAGAGCUAGACCUUGGGAAAAAUUGGUGGUCUUUUAAGGGUUAAUAGCCUUACAUAACACUAGUAGCUGUAGCGGCGCAGGGACAAAAUCUCUUCUAGAAAUGUGCAGCCAUGUGUCAAUAUUUUUAAUGGAUGGAUAAUUAGGAAACUACUUCAAACUGGUGUGGUGAUGCUGGUGAUCCAUGCAGGUGUGGAAAGAUGUCUCUCUCCUCCUCCCUCAGUGACCUGCCAAUCACCUGAGGCAGCACCUGCGGUGUCCAAUCAGAUCUCAGAGGUGGCCAGUCCUUUGGAGAUGGCUCAGUGAGGUGGAAUGAAUGCGACUGCUUUCAGAUGUUUGAAUGAAAUCACAGAAGUGGAAAGAUGUGGUUUUCUCUGACAGCAUCACAAAAGAGACGACACAGACUCACUUCUUUCAUCUCUGAAGGGCAGAUCAGCAUCAUGGUUUGAUAUUUGGACUUAAGCUUAGUUAAGAGGGUGAAUUUUUUGUGGAUUAAAAACGGCUGCAGUGGGUUAGGAAUGAAUGGUCUUAUUCAGCCGGAUUCCUAAAAACAGUUUUGUAGGCGUCGUCAGAUCAGAUUUCUCCACCAUGCUUUACUUCCAGGUGAUGAUUCUGACAGUGACUCUGAUGCUGGUCUACUACUGCGAGUUCACGGACGUUUUCAGUCCGACGCAGCAGGGCUUCGUCUGCAGAGACCCGGCUCUGAGCAAGCCCGAUCCUGGACCUGAACAAGACAGCCGGGUGCAGCCUGUAAUACUCUGCUCUGUGGUGUGUGGUCUGCCUGUUGUGUUGAUUUCAAGUGUAGAGCUUGUUAUCUUCCUCCUUCAUUCCAGCUCAAACAACCUCUAUGACCAUGAGAAGAUUGUUCUGAUGGGGGAUUGUUGCUAUUUGAACCCCAUGGUGCGCAGAACCUCCUCUUUUCUUGGUGUCUAUGUCUUUGGUCUGUUCACAACAGACAUUUUUAUCAAUGCUGGUCAGCUGGUCACAGGAAGUCUAGCUCCGUACUUCCUGUCUGUUUGUCAGCCCAAUUACACUGCCCUCGGUUGCCAGGACACCGUGCACUUUGUCAGCCAAUCAGAUGCCUGUACCGGCAAUCCUGAUAACAUUAUGAGAGCCAGAAUGACGUUUCCUUGCAAAGAGGCUGCAGUCAGUCUGUAUGUGGCUGUUUACUUGGCGAUGUACGUCAUGUCGUGUGCUGGCUCUUGUGGAGGUCUUCUGCCAAGCCCACUCCUCAGUCUGUCAUUGGUCAGUCUGGCUACCUUGACAGGAAUCAACAGAGUUGCUGAAUACCGUAACUACUGGAGCGAUGUUAUAGCAGGACAAAUCAUUGGGGCUGCAGUAGCCGUCUUUCUGGUUGUGUUUGUGGUCCACCAGUUCAAAAUGAGACCUGGGAUUUUUCCUGUUAGCCCCUCAGAUGCCGGCACAGUGAACACCGACGAGGCUCCAGCCCAAAUGAAUCCCACCAUGGAGAACAAUAAUAAAUGUGUCAAGUCAGAGAGCUCAGUAUCGUUCACAGAAGUCACAUGACUAUGACCCACUCAACGCCCACCUACCUGGAGCAAGACCAAGGAGGAUAUUGAGGUCUCUGUGGGAAUACUAUGGGGUCAGAUAACAGUCAAAUAAGAUGUGUGUACAAAUAUACAACUGCAUGUUGUGUAUAAAUAAAACUUGCAAAUUAUAUAAUUUUAUCAUAUUAAAAGUUUAGUGUGAGAUUAAAUAAGUUUUAACUUUAAAAAAUUAUAACUCUGAGGGUAAAUUUCUGGUUUCUUUGUUCUGAAUCUCAGCCAGCAGCUGACUUUACUGUUGGGUAUACGUCACAGAUAUGACCCAUGAAGAAGAUAAAUCUGUUCCGCUGACUGAUCACGUGACUAAACUCUGUUUAACCUCAGUAUUUAUCUGUGCUGAAAGAUUGAGCUUUUCUAACAGAAAGAAUGAAGGACGUGAUAAACUUUAAUAAAUCUUCUGAUCUGAUAACAGUAGUGAUGUUUGAUGGUGAUGAUGAAAAGAAGAUGGAGAAAGUAAUCCUGCCUGAUGAUGAGUUCUUGGGUUUUCAACUUGUUUUAUUAACAGAACUUUAGAAGAUUAGGUAUGAGCAGAGUGUUCAUGUUUUACUCUUGUGAACCAACCUGGGGCUCUGACAACACAUGAUCUCUAACAAAGCUCUUCUAUACAUACAGAUGAACACUCCUACAUUCAUCCUGACAAAUACGAAGCAAUCAGGAGUUAAACAGAUCAUCCAUCUGUUGUUUAGUUUGUUUAAGUGCUCUGAUCUUCCCACAACGUUGGUUUAAGUUUUCCCUCCAAACAAUUUGGGAGGCCAUUCAACAAAGCAAUACUGAAAUGACUGCACAUAUUGACGCUAAAAUGUCAUCAUUCCAGACCAGUUUAAACAGUAUACAGGGCUCACUCUCCACAUGAAACGAUCAUAUUAAGGGGAUGGAGCAAUGUGUAAGCUGUAUUGAAGAUAACGUUGAAGAUCUUUUGAAAAGGGUCGCUGUAUUAGAAACGGACAGCUCUUACCUGAGGGAUAAAGACGAUGAGGCUGAAAACAGGAGCAGGGCUAACAAUCUUCGUUUUCUUAAUCUCCCAGAACGCUGUGAAGGUACUGACAUUGACAUACAUCAUCUAUUUGGAAAUAAGAGUUUUGCCACACCAAUAAUGAUUUAAAGGGCUCGUUGUCCCCCCCGAUCUAACUCCACAAACAAUGCCAGAUCUCCUCGCCCACUCCUGGUUAAGCUGCUGUUCUUUAAUGACAAAGUCAAGAUCCUGCGACUUGCUUGAGAGAAGAAAGACCUCAUCUUCCAGA